GUUGGUGUCAAGAUAUUUAGUUUGUUCGUGACCGUGGCCAUUAAAAGUUGUGCAUGUUUUCAGUUUGGAACUCAAAUUCAAUCUAUUUGCGUCUAUAGAUUUUAGCUUUUAGUUUUUGAAGUUUCCGGGCUAAAGUACGCGCUCUCUAACUCAAGUGGUGUAUAUGAAAUAUCUAUUAAAAAUUUAUCUCGUCGUGCUUCGGUGCAUUUUGAAACACAUUUCAGACCAAAAGUUAAAUAAUUUUACAUAAAAUUAAGUAAAGUGUUAAGGUUUCGUAUACGGAGUCAAAACUAUAGUACAAAAUGGGUUGCGCAACCGGUACAUUGAAAGUCACUCUAUGCAUACUCAAUAUCCUGUCCACGAUUCUUGGCAUAUAUGUCAUAUUAUUUGGAGCGCUCGGUUGGGGCGCUAUGCCACAAAUAUAUGCUAUUGGCAUCAUUGCUUUAGGGCUCGUGCUAGUUUUAAUAUCAUUUUUCGGUUGUUUUGGAACACUGCGUGAGUCUCCACGUAUUCUAUGGACAUAUAUAGUCUUUUUACUGAUACUACUGAUUCUGGUCGUUGUUUUUAUGCUAAUAAGUAAACCGGAUGUAUUUAAGAAAUAUGCAUUAGAAGGUGUGGAAUAUCACUGGAAAAAGGAAUUGAAAAAAUCAGGAGCUAUGGAUACCAUUCAAACCACAUAUUCCUGUUGUGGUCGUAAUUCUCCAGAGGAUUAUAUUACUAUACAACGUUUACCUCCUGCUAGCUGCUGUGUAGAUCAUAAUUGUAUAAAUCCGUUGAAUCUUUAUAUUACCGGUUGUUUAGCAAAAGUGGAGAACUCAUUCUCCGAUGAAGAGAUUAUAAUGAAAUACAAUGAAUGGGGAUUGAUUGGAUUUGAUAUUAUAAUUUUGGUUAUAGCAACUGUAUUAGCUAUACAUUACACAAAUCGGCGAAGGAGAUAUAGUUAUUAAUAUUAGAUUUAUUGGACUUAAGUUAUCUUAAAGUUUGUAAAUCUUUUUUUAAAAUAAUUUUAGUAUAAUUUACUUUUAGAAAUAAAUUAUUUAUUUAUUUUAUUUAAUUUUAUUAUAUUUAAUAAUAAUAUUUUAUACUUGUCACUUGUACCUUUCAAAA